CAGCUAAUCUUUCUUUUGCUUCAGCGCUUCCAAUAAUCUCUCAUCGAUAUUUUAAAUCACCCCACCAUGUGUGGACGAUACGCUUUAGGCGUGGUACGUGCCUAAUCCCCCGGCCUAUGUACUACUCCUGUGGUACUAUAUAUCACGACCAACACCCCACACAACCAGUAUGAACUGAAGUGGUACUAACACUGGAACAAACAAAAAGCGCAUGAGCUUCAUCCGCCGCCGUCUCCAAGACCAAGGCCUCCAAGUCGACGACGCACCCCCCGAUGAAGACGUCCGCGAAACCUACAACUUCGCUCCAGGGAACAGCGGCGCUGUUUACCUUGCUGAUACGCAUAUGUACCCGUCUUCUCAUCAGCAUGAUGAGCCAGCUAGUCAACCUGACACCGAAAAAGAGACAACAGAAGGAGAAAAAGGAACAGCAGAAGUAGAGGAAACAGGGGGAGAAAAGAAGAGCAAUGCCACCAAAUACAAGCUCCACAGCAUGCGCUGGGGUCUAAUUCCCUUCUGGACGAAACGCAAUCCCGAUUACGGAAGUAUUAUGCGCACAAUCAACUGCCGAGAUGACUCACUAAUCGAGGACCGGGGCCUAUGGACGUCCAUGAAGCGGAGGAAGCGGUGCGUGGUGGUGUGCCAGGGGUUCUAUGAGUGGUUGAAGAAAGGACCAGGAGGGAAAGAGAAGGUUCCGCAUUUCGUGAAGAGGAAGGAUGGGGAUUUGAUGUAUUUUGCGGGGUUGUGGGAUAGUGUUAAGUAUGAAGAUUCGGAUGAUUAUCUCUACACAUAUACGAUCAUCACGACAUCUUCGAAUUCCUACUUGAAGUUCCUGCAUGAUCGGAUGCCCGUGAUUCUGGACCCGAAUAGCGAGCAGAUGAAGACUUGGCUGGACCCCUCUAGGACGGAGUGGUCGAAAGAGCUGCAGUCGAUCCUCAAGCCGUAUGAGGGCGAGCUGGAGUGUUAUCCUGUGCCGAAGGAGGUGGGGAAGGUGGGAAAUAAUUCUCCUGACUUUAUAGUCCCUGUCAGUAGUAAGGAGAAUAAGAGCAAUAUUGCGAACUUCUUUGCCAAUGCGAAGAAGGGUGCUGCGGUGAAGGUGGAAGAAGGAGUGAAGGAUGAGAGGCCCACGAAAGAUGCUGAAUGGAGCGAGGAUAAUGCCCCCAAACCGGUCUCGGGGGUCAAGAGGGAACAUUCGCCUGAUGCCGAGACGGAGGAUACUAAGUUGCAGAAAAUGGAGUCGAGUAUAGCUUCAUCGCCGAAGAAAAGCCCGGAGAAGAGUUUACCAUCUAAGCCUGUGACGCCGGCAGGGAAGAAGAUGCGCAGUGCCACGCAUAAUAAGCCGAUGAAGAAGAGUCCGCAGAAGCAGCCCCCUGCAGGGACUCAGCGAAUUACGAGCUUUUUCGGGAAGUAAAAAGAGAGGGUUGCAUGAUGGAAGAAAAGACAUGAUCUAAGCUCCGGGCUGGACCCGAGAGUUGAUCGUCUGUAAUCUAGGCAUGAACCAACGUGUGUCAACUGCCAGCAGUUUGAAUGGAGAUACUAUCCCACAAAGCCCAAUAAAUAAUACAUCCAUGAACUAUUGUACAAGGCUCCUAAUGAAAUAGCCUAUUGAGACUCUUGCUGGCGCAGUCUCUGGACCAACUUUUCCCGUAGAAACGGACUCAGACCGAAACUGAUC